AAGGUGUCUACUUCGGACCAAAAAGGGUUUCCUCUUUUUUGGCAUCCCGACUAUACGGUUCAACGGCGGACUGGCCACUGCACCCCAGGCCACGACCACAGAUUUUCGAGAAAGUCGUACCCGGCGGCCAUUCAACACCGUCGCAGCAGCAUCAGCCAAGAUCAGGGUCAUUUGAAGCCCUUGAUACGUGAUAUGAGAGCAACUCGGAGGACAAUCGAUAUCUGAAUAAGAACGACUGUCCAUCAGCGGGACCCUCUGUCAAGAUGUUUUGUGCAUACUGUGGACAGAAGUUUACUCGCAAGGAGCAUCUAGAAAGGCACAUUCCGACCCAUACGAAUGUGAAGCCUCACAGAUGUACAGCCUGCGGCAUCUCAUUCGGCCGGAGGGACCUGCUCACGAGGCACUACCAAGCAUACCACGAGGCCAGAGAUCCAAUGGAGCCGAUACCAGGGAGCGCACCGCCAGUUGCGGGACGCACGCCGAUUGCUUGCCAAAACUGCGCAAACGCAAAGACGGGGUGCGACAAGAGGGUGCCAUGCUCGAGAUGUGCUGAGAAGAACCUCGACUGCGCGGCAAGGUACGCGCGGAGGUCUUCGAAAGCCGCUGUUCGGGCGGCGCAGGCGAGCGCAGCCUUUCACAACAGCCAAAUACCAAAUCCGACGACGACCAUGCACCACCAGCCGCACCCACACCACCACAAUCACGUACAGGUAGUCAACCCCGCCAUGAUGGAGAUUGACCCUGCCAUGCCCAAGCAGGAAUCUUUGGUCCAGACCCCGGAAGGGGUGGAACCACAAGCACUCAUGGAGACUUCUCGCCUUCACACCAGCCCGCAGCAAAAAUCGCCAUUGACUUCACACCAUCAAAGUCCCUUAGAGUUUCCGUCACCGCACCCUCGACAGGAAGGAAUGGAAGACUUUAUGCACCUGAGCACCGAAUUUCCCGGCACAGAAUCUCACUACAACGACCUAAUGAUAUGGCCCGACUAUCCUUUGGACCUCGAAAUGUACCCCAGCCAAAUUCCAAUGACCCGACCAGAUCUGGCCGUGCAGCCCUUUGCUGAUCUGGGAAGCGAGAUCUCAUCAACUUCGGAACCCAUGGCAACAUCAUCCUCGCGAGGUUCCACACACACGCGCGGGACUAGCAUUUUGUCGUCGGCAGAAUUCGAGACUUCAAUGAAGCCAGCCGAUCUAGCAGCAGCCAUCAACACCCCCGCCGGCAGCUCAAUAGCAGAGUUCGAGGUUGUCAUAGCCGCCGAGGCAGCGUGGCCAUUAGCAAGAUGCAACCCACCCAUUUAUUCCAACACGUGUCCACGAACAGCAAUUGUACACCUAGAGUGUCUCGAACAGAAAUCCAAGGUGGAGGGAACCUGGAGCUCGUUGGAAAAGUACAUGGAGCAAGUCGACUGGGAUGCGGCAGAUCUGUCCUCUGUAGUGCCCAUCACCUCUAGGACGCGGGAUAAGAUGCUUGCCAUCACGCAGGGGUUUUUGCACAAGGCACUUGACAUUCACCGCGGCGGCAUCACUGGUUUCUCCAACCAGGGUCACCACCGCCCUGGUGACUUUAACUUUAUCGUCCUGCCCCCCACCAAGAUCCUCGAGUAUUUCCUGCGCAGCUACAUUCGCACUCUUUCCCCGUACUACUCACUCUCCCUCGGCAGCUGUGUCGAUCCAAAUGAGAUGCUGCGCGACAACCAUGCUUCCACUCUGUUGGUGCUUCUCAUGAUUGCCCAAGGCGCAGCAGCCGUGCCAAUGGCCGAGGCGCGCUACCUCUCAACCGGCUUGGUAGAAACUUGCCGCAUCUCGCUCUUUGACAUUAUUGAGAAGAACGUCGAGUUGUCAGCCGACCCCACAGCGCUCAGGUGUGCCCUUCUCUUUACGUUGCUCGGAGCAUGGAGCGGCGACAAGUGGCUCAUGGAUAUCUCAAUGGGCCAAAGGGGCAUGUAUAUGUCCAUGGUCAAGCAUGCUGGCAUGAUGGACUCUCAGCCGCCCAUGAUUCCAGUCUUUACAAACUCAACCAGCACUGAGUUGGAGUGGAGGGCCUGGUGCCACCGCGAAUCUCAGAAUAGACUUGUGUACAAUUGGGUAAUGAUGGAUCAGGAGCUUAGUCUCUUCCAUGACACCGCUCCCUUGAUUUCGAUAAGCGACCUUUUGUGCCCGCUCCCAGGACCUGACGAGCUUUGGACGGCGCCCAACUCCGAGGUCUGGCUAUCGUCGGUCCAGUCCCUCUACGGUGGCAACAACGUCAACGUCAACCCGCAACUACUAUCCACGCCAUCUCCUACCCCGUCGCUAUCCGAUCUGUUCCGGAGCUUCUUACAUGAUAACUUGACGCCUGGCAAGAACAGCCUUUCACCACAACACCUUCGGCUUUUACUACACCCAUUACAGUCACUCCUCUGCCACCUGAGGCAGAUGCUGUCAUGUUUUCCCGACAUUCCAUCGACGCGACGCACCACAACUCGUACCGUCACUAGGGCCUCUACGCUUUCCAGGCUUGAGGAGGUGCAGGCCUUGUUGCAAAAGUGGUAUGAGCUGUCGAUGGAAUUCUCAAAGGAGAGCCCCGACUGUCCCAUCACCCGCUGCAACAUGGUACUCUAUCAUCUCAUCUCCCUCAAUGCCGUGACAAACUUCCCAGAGGUGGAGCGCCUCGCCCGUCGCGAGGGCUUUGACGGGUCCUACUGGGAGUUGUCCAUGCGCCACAAGAUGUGCAUCUACCAGCGGGAGGAAGCCGUGUUCCACUGCGGACAGGUCCUCAGGCUUGUUCGAUCGAUGCCCCAGGACCGCCGACCAGUGUGGUGGAGCGCGGCUGUAUACCGUGCCGUCCUGAUCCUGUGGGCCGACUCGAUGGCCAGGCUAGAUCCCACCCUCAAGCGCGAGGACACGGUCGGACCCUCGUCGACCCCCGCCGCUGCUGCCACCCCAGGGCCUCUAGUCCCCGUUGACCAAGUGACUCCCGAGAACCCAGCGGUGAUUGCUUACCUCUGGAACAGGGAGGGCGUUGCGCUCCUUACCAGAAACGACGGGAGAUCCGUGAGCCUCGACAACCCAGCAGAGGUGCUUGCUUACGGAGUCAAGGAGAUUGAAGAGGCCGUGAGCAUACGCUUCAGCGACGGGAUCAAAAGAAAGCUCGCCGCCUUGGCCCAAAACUGGAGUGUCGGUUCGCCCUUGGCUGGGUCUUCAUGAGCAACCAAACAAAGAUCACUCUCCCUCACCAACACAUGUCACUCUCUUUUCCUGUCUUUCUUUUUCCAAUUCUUCCACAUUAGGCUGU